AUGGAAUACAAAGUGGGUGGCGUCAGAGCUGAGUGUAGGGUACAAAUAGUUAUUGCUGAGAGUCAGUUGAGGACUUGCAGUUACUUCGGCCUGGCACCGGAGCCGCUUCCCGGUGAACAUUGGAUGCAAGCAGCCUCUCGAGAACUACACCAACGAUGCACAGGGACACGAAACUCGACUGGAAACACACACGACCCAUCUGGUCAGAAAGUCGACGUGUCGACGGAAUCCAAGGCGACUACCGACCAGCCAACCACUGAACUAACCAUCUCGACUGUUGAAUCGACAGAGUCAUAUACAGAUGGUCCCCGAUAUGCUGGCUGUCAGGAGAGUUAUGAUGGCGGGAUAAAUGGCGGUGUCAUCACUAUAUACCCGCCGCAGUAUCCAAAUGGUUUGGCUGUUUUCUGCUACAAUGGUUGGAUGGUGAUUCAGAUGCGCUAUUCAGAUGUGGUGAAUUUCACCCGUAGCUGGGCCGAGUACCGAGACGGCUUCGGUGAUCUGACGGCGGAUUUCUGGCUGGGCAACGAGAUAGUCCGCCAACUGACCUCGGAAGGCCGUUGGGAACUGCACGUACAGUUUCAUGUGAAAGAUGCACCCCAGCUGACCGAUAUAUACCUGAAGCUGUUCAGGAUUGCAGGUGAUAAUUACACACUACAUGUGCAGCCAUUGAGUGCAUGGCCAGCAGGCAAGUCUCUCGCUAACAUUCACUCAGGCCAGCCGUUCUCAACCUACGAUCGCGACAAUGACGCCGAUGGCAACGCCAAUUGUGCCGCUCAGCUGAAGGGAGGCUGGUGGUUCAAGACUUGUACUGGAGGAGUCGGGAAUGUGGAUCUCGUGCCAACUAACCUGAAUGGGGAGUAUUCCUAUCCCGUCAACUACACGGGGCAAGAUUACCGCGGUGUCAGGUGA